AUGUCCAACUCCAACGACUUCACCAUCGACAUUGGGGAGAUGCCUCCCUGUUCGACAAACGAGAAGGAAGCAGCGAAGAAGCACUGGCUGUCGGAGAACCCCCUCGAAAGGAUAUCCAGCUUCAUCUCAGACUGGACACCUUUCGGUCUCGUGGCUUCCUACUUCAUCUUCUCGACCUGCCUCUACACGUAUUGCAGCGAGGGCUUGAUCGCUGUGUUCUGGUUCAUCUACAUGUGCACCAAUUUCUACAUUGCCGGAGCGACUGUCCUGGAGGCAUUCAUGAGCAUCACGCCCUGCCGUGAAGCCAGGAAGAUAGUGACCCAGGCCGAGGAAAAAGGAUGGCUCUUCCCGACCGCGCACGACAAACUGCUUGUGCUGGAUCUCCUGAUUGUCGCGUACCUUCCAAACGAGCAGGACAUCAUUAUGGACCGCGCCCUCUACGCUCUGGAGCAGAUCGACUAUCCAAGGGACAAGAUCCGCAUCAACAUCCUCUACAACACACCGAAAGCGAUCGAGCCCCUAGAGACAGAGCUUCAUCAGCUUCCUCUAAAAUAUCCACACGCAAGAGUGAUCAAAGUGCCGAACUCGACUUCAAAGGCGGACAAUCUCAACUACUUCCUCACACUGAACACCGGCUCAGACCUCAUUGCUAUCUACGACUGCGAUCACUAUCCCCAUCCGAAUGGUCCUAGGUGGGCAGUGGAACGUUUCAUGGCCGACGAAGAAAUCGACAUCGUGCAAGGCCGCUGUGUGGUCUUCAAUACCGAGGACAGCUUCUUGACGAGCAUGAUUGCGGUCGAGUUCGACAAGAUCUAUGCCGUCUCGCAUCCCGGACGCGCUACCAUGUGGGGCUUUGGGCUGUUCUGCGGCUCGAAUGGCUACUGGAGAAGCUCGCUGCUCCGCGAGCUCAAGAUGGAUGGCGACAUGCUUACUGAGGACAUCGACUCCGCUCUUCGCGCAUUCUCGCGUGGCUCGAAAACGGUCCACGACCUGAACGUUACAUCCUAUGAGCUCGCUCCCACCACGUUCCCGGCAUUCUGGAAGCAACGGCUACGAUGGGCGCAAGGUUGGGCGCAGGCCAGUCUGAAACACCUCAAGAUGGUCUACAACAAACCUCAGGAUCCCCUCCACUCCGACUAUAACCGCAGCUUCACAGCUCGCUUCGGUGUCCUCUCGCUCCUGCUCAUUCGCGAGGCGUCCUAUUAUCUUGUCACACAGUACACGUGUCUAGUCCUCAGCUUCGUCAUUACAAAGUUCCCCACUUCGGGUGAGGAGUUGUGGAAGUUCGUGUACUUCCAGUACCCGGUGUCACAAUGGCUUUUCCUUAUAAGCAUUAUCUGCCUAGUAGCGACAUUGUGGAUCACUCACCAGGUCAAAUCCGAGUUCGUGUCGAGGAGGAUGAUUAUCAUCUUUUCGAUCCAAUACCCCUUCUACCUUGUUCUCAUGGCCACGAUUGGCCUUUACGGACACGCGAGGCAAAUCGUCAGGUAUAGCUCGUGGAACCCAACGGCGCGAAAGUAA